CGCGGGGGGCGAGCACGUGUCGCGCGCUCACGUGGUGGUGACGAGCGCGCUCGCAUCCAUCGUGCGGCUCGUAUGAAUAAUUGUGUACGGAGUGAAUGAAUCGAUGCGGCGGUGGCGCGGGAGCGGCGGGGCGGCGGGCGCGGCGGCUCUGCGUGGCGGGGUGCGCCCGGCGGCCGGCGCGGGCCGCGGCAGUCUCGUGCCGGUAGUCGGUAGUGCAACCGAGCGACUCCGGGAGUCGUCCCCGCCGCGUCGUCGCUCGCUCGUAGUCGUAGUGCGUCCGCCGGCCCGCCCCCGCCGCCGGCGCUCGAACCCAUGGAAACCCAGAACCAGGAUGUGGCCCACAGCCCCGCCGAGGUGCCCAACGACCCGGGGAAGAUGUUCGUCGGAGGUCUCAGCUGGCAGACUAGUCCAGAAAGCCUUCGAGACUACUUUAAUAAAUUCGGCGAAAUCACAGAGGUUAUGGUUAUGAAAGAUCCCACGACGAGGCGGUCGAGGGGUUUUGGGUUUAUCACAUUCAGCGACCCAGCCAGCGUAGACAAAGUUUUAGCGCAAGCAACACACGAAUUAGAUGGUAAAAAGAUAGACCCCAAAGUGGCGUUUCCCAGAAGAGCACAUCCAAAGAUGGUGACCAGGACAAAGAAAAUCUUCGUAGGAGGGCUAUCAGCACCCACAACGCUGGAAGAUGUAAAGAAUUACUUUGAACAGUUUGGACCGAUCGAGGACGCCAUGUUAAUGUUCGACAAACAAACUAAUAGGCACAGAGGUUUCGGUUUCGUCACAUUUCAAAGUGAAGACAUAGUAGACAAAGUGUGCGAAAUCCAUUUUCACGAAAUCAACAAUAAAAUGGUGGAAUGCAAAAAAGCACAACCGAAAGAAGUCAUGCUUCCAGCGAACUUGGCGAAGACGAGAGCCGCCGGACGCGGCGCCUACGAUUUCAUGUGGUCAUUGGGUGCUCUUCCUGACGGUUUCCCCGCAGCGUACGCCGCCUACGCGGCAGGACGUAGCUAUUCGGGCUAUCCUAGCUUCGGGCUGCCGUACCCCGCAGUGGACCUGACCAACGGCCAACUCACACCGAAUAACAACACACCGCUGCUCGCGCAAGCGCUCUCAGUGAUGAACAACUACCAGGCGGCCGCAGCCGGGUUUGGACCUCCAGCGUCGCCACACACGGCCGGCGGCCGGGCGGGGUUCCCGUCCGCUAGCUCGCCGGGUCCCGCGCUCGACGUCUACGGCUCAGCGGCGGACAGCGUCGGCUACGUACAGGCAGCGAGCCCCCAGCCCUCCGGAUUUCCCGCCAUUGCAGUUAGCCGCGCACCCCUCAAUUAUACCCCAGGACCCUUGAUUCCUGCGGCUUUCACCAACGGUUAUCAUUGAAAGUGUUAUAGCACAAAUAUUUAACGUGGCGAGCGGCGUGGCGACGCGUAGCACACCAACGCGCAACACAGCCCCACCAACCUGCCGGCGAGUGCUCGCGUUCGCGCCCGCCGCGGCCGCGAGCCAGUCCGCGCACGCCGCGCCACGUGCCGCAUCGGCGACGGUCGUGUAAUCCGUCCGGCCACCGCGCGGACCGAUCCGUCGACCGCGGCAUCUAAACCUCACACCCACCAACACGAAUCCCAACUCUCCCGACCCCACGACCCGACCUCGAUCCCUAACCCUAUAAGAUUCGACACCUUGUCUAUUGUAAAUAAUGAUAAUCUACUUUUUGUCGUGUGAACGAGAGAUAGUCUAUUGAUUAAACAGGUAUUUUUUCAAAUUAUUCUCGCUUCGACUGUACCGUAGAUGUGUUGUCAAUAUUAAAUGAUUAAACU